AUGGACUCUCCAGGACACUCUGCGCAAUACUGCAACUACACUCUAAUGGAAAAUGACACGAAGGACCUUCUAUGUAGUAUCAUAAUUGACAAGAGAAUGACUGAUCUCAAGUCAACAAAUAUGGAGAAAGAGGGACUGAUCCGAGGGCUGAGAACAUUGAGAGAGAACAGAGUGGUUGUAAAGGAAUUAGUGACUGAUGCUAGCACUACUAUCGCUGCUAUGAUGAUGUAUUUCACAUAUUUAAAUUGUAGACUUCAUAGAUGCUUCUGUAAACGAAGUGGAACAUACAGCUGGUACAAAGAGAAAGUGCCAAAGACAUACACAUAUGUAGAACAGUUGCUCCAAGAUAUUCUGCAUUCAGUAGCUACAAGAAUUGAACCCUUAAGAGCUCCAGUGACGCUUACACCUACAGACCCUCGAAAGAUCAAGAGAAGCAUAUCUGGUAUUACUCCACCACCGACAAAGUUUUUAAUGGCUUCCAAGAAAUCCAGAAUUGAUGAGAAGUGAAUGCAACUUACACAAAUAUAGUCUUGCAUGAAUUGUCAUAGAACUGGACUUUAGGACAGAAAGAUAUCCAUUAUUCUACCAUAUAUGAAAUAAACAUUUGCAAAAUCUCAAAAAUAUUAAGGAUUGAAUAAAUGUAGGGUAUUUCUUAUUUGUUCAAACCAUUUGAGAGGGUAAAUUACACUAUAACCAAACCAAAGAGCAAAAGUCUUGAAUCCACAUGCAGUUUGUUUUCUUUGUAAGUUGUGUAUAUAACA